UCCCGAUUAGCCAAGGCGACGCCACACGUUGGCAGGCAGCAGCAGUUCUUCAGCCAGCCCGAAACUUAACCACGCCGCCUGCACCCAACUCCCGUCCUUUCUUUUCUCAUCUUCCUUCGAAUACCCAACCACUUUCUUGAGAUUGGGAAUGUGCUCGGGAAGAAACCGGCACAAACCAACAAACAGAUAGCCACAGCAGUGGAGAUUCCUACCGCAACCAACCCAAAAUGGAUACGGAAAUGACCACCGACGCAACGCCCACCGCCACUGAUGACUCGGCGCCCGCCUGGCCCGACAGAGCCCAUAUGGCCAAGUCGGCAGACCCACAGGAGCUCUCGCGACUCUUCAAUUCGCUUCCGCUCGAGAUCCGGAAGAUGAUAUACGCCGAGACCUGGGCCCUCGACAGCCAGCGCCAGCACUUGUACCGCGAGCCCCACGGCAGGGGCAUGGCCCACUUCCCCUGCCUGCUUCACGAGGAUAGAUUCGGCCGCAAGCCCACCCGUGGCUCCGACGACAGCUUCCACGUCGGCUGCCGCGGUGGGGGCGGUGAGGCCAUGUCCUGGGACCGAGGCCUCAUGACCGACUGGAACGUCCACUGGCCCUGCCAGCAGCAUGUGAAGAAGCAGAAGGAGCAGGCUGAACGGGCCGCCCAGGCCGAGCAGGCUGCCCAAGAUGAGCAGAACGCCCAGGCUGAGGAGGACCAGGCAGAGGAGGAAGACCAGGGCGAGCAGUCCGGAGGGAAAGCCAAGAAGGGUGACGCCGAUGUCUGCCAAGAGCCCAACUGCCGCUCUCCCGCAUUGUCGCCGUUCCUUCCUCUCAUGCUAUCUUGCAAGCGCCUCUACCUCGAAUGCUCCAAGUCUAUCUACGAGGAAGUUACCUUCCACCUGAUCGACACCGAGCAGGCCGCUUCAUUCAUCAACUCCCGCUUGCGCUCGGGCCUAACUUGCCGAUCGCUGGAGAUCAGCCUACGCUUCACGCCGCUCCUGACGGAGCUCUACUUUGGCACCGGCGAGAAGGCCGCCAUCAAGGGCCGCCCCAAACCCGUGACGGCCGACGACAACCCGUGGCAGCGCCUGUGCGACGCCCUCGUGCGCGCCAGCUCCAAGGACGUCGCCAACGGCGGCGGCGGCGGGAUGCGCGAUCUGCGCAUGUGGCUCGGCUCGAGCGACCUGCGGCCGUGGCACAAGCGUGUCUACGAGAACCGCCUCUUCGCGCGGCUCAUGAAGGUCGAAAAGCCGACGGGCGCCUUCGUCGUCGACCUGCCCCUCCUCCCCUACGAGCCCGAUGAGAAGCGCGGGCUCCCCGGAACGUACCUCGAGGACAUUCCGCGCGGGGAGCUGCCGUUUGAGUUUACGAGAAGUGCGCGAACCAACAAUUGGAUGCUGCACAUCAACAGGAUCAAUCACCUCCGGGAUAUUUCGCAGAGUUGAGGAUCUGGGACUUGUAACCUCACGCCUGUGGUUCUAACCUGUUCCAACAGAGAAAGGCUUGCUGAGCGAUUCGGCCGACGCUUGUUUGGGCUGUCUGACAUGGUCUUGACCUUUUGGUGAGAUGGCAGCGGCGUGGUCUGUCGAUGUGCCUUCUUUGUGGCAACACGGCAUGCAUAUAGGAGACGGUGGCUGCUACUCGUAUGGUCCUCUUGUCAAGUGUUGUUGAGCACAAUUGAAUUGGAUUUUAUUUCCGGAAUCCCCAUGAUCAAGGAAUCUGCAUCUACUCGAUCUUGAUAGCAAGUUUUCCAAAAUGCGACUGCGCCCACUGCGGUGGAGGAAAGCCCCUGUUAG